AAAACGUCCAUAAAGACCAGUUUCGCCUUCUUCUGAAACAUAGCUUAAAAAAAAAGAAAAGCAGGGGGAAGAGAGAGGCGCAGAAGAAAAUAAUACUCUCUCCUCGGAGUCGGUUUCACUGAUCUUUGAAACCAUAGCUAUGGCGCCUGGAAAAAUUUUGAACAAAGUUCAUGUGCUUCUAACCGCCGUUGUCGCCUUUUACUAGCCGUAUGAUGGCUGGUAAACCACCGGAAAACGAAAAUGUUUUUCCUAUCAUGUCAUUGGCUAGGGUUUCAUCUCGUUCUCGAUCUUCAUUCACUUCGAAGCUGUACUUGAUUGAUGAUAUCUAAGAACGCGGAUCAUCAUUUUGGUCAUCUGAGGAGGAGAAGAAGAUAGAUCUUUGUUUCUCUACUUAUAUAGCCGCCAUGGCUGCCGGAAAAGGAUAUUUCGAGAGUAUAAGAAGAUGCAUUCGGACGGUUUUCUUCAUGUUGACUAUGAUAGCCUCACUUCUCGUUCUUUCGGCGCCUGUGCUUGUCGCUCUUGGAGACAUAUUAGUGCCUUGUGUUUUAAUUUCGAGCUUUACGUGUGUGAAAUGCUAUAGCUUCAAAGAGCAUUUGCAUGGAUACGCUUUCAGAAGUUCUUUGGUGGAUAUUCCUCUUGUUUCGGUCAUCAGAUCUUUCGUCAUAACGUGUGUUUAUUCUUUUUGUGAUAGCCCCGGGCUCUCUCAUGGGCCUUAUCUUGGAACAGCAACAUUCUGCUCCUUUGUCUCAGUUGUGGUUCUAUCAGUAAAGGCUUGUAUUUUUACUGUAACUUCCAAACUUCAGGAUGAAGCUUCUUCCUCCCCAGCAAGCCAAAAGCUUCAUUUGAAGAAGUCUUGGGGAAUGCCCGUUUUGUUCUUCUCUUCGUUAGUCUUUGCUCUUGGUCAUAUUGUGGUUGCUUAUAGAACAAGCUGCAAAGCGAGGAGAAAGCUUCUGUUUCACAGAGUCGACCCAGAAGCAGUUUUAUCCUGCAAGAAUGUAUUUUUUGGUUACCAGAAGAUUCCACGAUCUCCCACUCCCUCUGCAGGAAAAACCCCCAAAAGUGACAGUGAAACAUGGAAAAAACCUUUUGCAGUUGUUCGUGAUGAAAGAGAACUUCCAGUGCAAUUACUUGCAGAUAUUGAUAGCUUAUUUAUCGCUUGCGAAGGUCUUAUGCUUCAUUACAAGCUCAGCCUGUCUGAAUCUCCAUCACGAUCUUUAGCAUCCACUACCUUUCCUGGACCAAAUCCCAGUUGCAGCCCACCUAGAAUGGCCUUAGGAAGGCUUAAACUUGACAAGGCAUCUCAAACUGUUCCAUCUAAAACCCAGUAUCAUCUCCACCGGAGUAUUAGCAACCAAUUCUACAGUUCCUCUUUAUAUGAUCCAUUAUUAGAUGACUCUGCAACAUCACCUGUGUAUUUGUCUGAAGAAAUUCCGGUUUUCAGCCUGGAUGAUGGUGAUGGUGAAAGAGCGCUGCCAAAUCUUGUGAGCAUGGAUGGAGAUGCAGAGAGAACUGGGAAGUUUGGUAUUGUUCUGGUACAUGGAUUUGGUGGAGGUGUCUUCUCAUGGAGGCAUGUGAUGGGGGUGCUGGCAAAGCAGAUUGGUUGCACAGUUGCAGCUUUUGAUCGGCCUGGCUGGGGAUUAACUUCUCGGCCACGCCAGAAGGAUUGGGAGGAAAAGCAAUUGCCAAAUCCUUAUAAGCUUGAAACUCAGGUUGAUCUGCUCCUUGCUUUCUGUUCGGAGAUGGGGUUUUCUUCUGUGGUACUUGUUGGUCAUGAUGAUGGAGGGCUUCUUGCUCUGAAAGCUGCACAAAAAGUUCAGACAUCUGCAACUUCAGUCCAUGUAGAGAUCAAGGGUGUUGUACUUCUCAGUGUCAGCUUGUCAAGAGAAGUUGUCCCUGCUUUUGCUAGGAUUCUCCUGCGUACUUACCUGGGAAAGAAGCACUUGGUCCGCCCCCUACUACGAACUGAGAUAACUCAAGUGGUCAAUCGACGAGCAUGGUAUGAUGCAACCAAGUUAACCACAGAAGUCUUGAGCCUCUACAAGGCACCACUGUGCAUUGAAGGAUGGGAUGAAGCGCUUCAUGAGAUAGGUAGACUGGCCUUUGAAACAGUUCUCUCGUCAGAAAAUGCCACUUUGUUGCUGAAAGCAGUCAAAGACUUGCCGGUUUUGGUUGUUGCUGGAGCCGAGGAUGCUCUUGUCCCGCUCAAAUCUGCUCAAGCUAUGGCUUCAAAGCUUGUAAAUUCUAGACUGGUUGCAGUAUCUGAGUGUGGCCAUCUUCCACAUGAGGAGUGCCCCCAUGCAUUACUAGCAGCUUUAUCACCCUUCAUAAGCAGACUCUUGUCACCGGUCCAGCAUCAUAGCUUACAAAGACAAUAGCAUUUUUUGGAUGUCGUUAGUGUUUUAUUAGUUGCAGGUCUCUUAUUUUUCAUUUUUUUUUUUCAAUUCUUCAAUUUACGUCAAGAGCAGAGCCCCAAACCUCUCCUCUUGGGUAUUUUUGAUGUGUUAUCUUGGAGCCAGGCCCUUGUUGGGUUAUUGAGCUCUGAUGUGUAUCUUUAUUUUUAUUUUUUUUUCCUUUUAUACUUUGGAGGUCUUGUACUUUUCCACAAAGGGAGUGGAAAAUGUAUUUGUGUAUAUUUCUCAGGGUGUUGAUGCAUGACUUGACUUGAAACAUGUUUCGUUUCAUAUCUCCAGUCAUAUAAUGCCAAAAGUUAAAGAUCA